GAGGAAGAGGAGGGUGUGGGUGAGGGCAAGGAUGAGGAUGAAGAUGAGGAUAAGGAAGAGGAGAAAGAUAAGGAUGAGGAGAAAGAUGAGGUAGAGGAGGAGGAGGAUGAGAAGGAUGGAGGGGGGAUGUCAGGCUAAGGAUGAGGAUGAGAAUGAAGAGGAAGAGGAGUAUGAUGAGGAGGAGGAUAAGGAAAAGAAUGAGGAUGAGGCAGAGCAUAUGAGGUGGAGGGUGAGGAUGAGGAUGAGGUGGAAGAAAAGGAGGAUAAGGAGGAGAAGGAGGAUGAGGAGGAGAAGGAGGAUGAGGAGGAGAAGGAGGAUGAGGAUGAGGAUAAUGAGGAGAAGGAGGAUGAGGAUAAAGAGGAAGAUGAGGAAGAUGAGGAUGAGGAUGAAGAGGAGGAUGAGGAUGAAGUAG